AUGUCGUCCGUCGCACAUUCCGCAGAGCACCCGUCCCGCUCCUGGUGGUCAAUGUCCUCCAAGAACCAGACACAGCGAUAUUCAACAGAAAAGCAGAAACAAAAGUCGCCUCUCAACACUAUCGCCUCCGCCUUGGGCCUAAAGGCCAAGAAGAGCCCAACUCUCACUAUCGAAGACCCUCCUUUGCCAAUCCAACCUCCUCCUCAACCGUCCGUCGCGCCUCUCCCCAAAUUCACAAACAGACCGCCCUCUAAAUCCGUUUCCUCGACUCUCUCCAGAGCAGACUCUGCCGAGCCCAGGACACCCUCCGACAUCAACUACAAUCCGUCACGACAAUCUCUGCUGACCUUGUCAGACACUGAUCCAUUUGCCGGCCGGGGCAUAGUCACCAUCGCAAGCCCGACAGAUCCAACACGUCUCUCAGCAUACUCAAAUGGCUCGGGAAACGACAUAUUCCACACAAAACAGGUCGACUUUCCCCACAACCGCACAUCCUAUGCCUCUAGUUCUUCCCAGUCCCAGGGGCACGGUACCGCCAAUGACUCGCUCCAUCUCAAGCGCACACUCUCUCCCAUUUCGCCUUCCGAUUCUCUCCCAACAACCAGAAUCCACAAAAAGGCGUCGGAGAGCAACAUUUCAAGCGCUAUCGGCCGCACGAACUCCUAUACAGCCGUUGAGAGGGCAACCCGGCCACCUCCACCAUUGCAUAAAUCGGGCUCGUCAAACACACUUGUCGCACCGUCAGAGAAAGGAAAACGCCCCGCCAUGCGCCCAAGAGGCUUGACCGAUAACGUCACGACACAGAAAUCAGGUUUCUUCGUCGAAACCACAGCCUCCAAACCCGCCCCAUCUCCCAGAACACCCACAACCAAACCUCCUCCCUCUGCCUCGAAACCUAUUUCACCCCGUGUUGUCAUCCGCCAAGCGUCUUUGCAGCACCUGAAUCCCCCUACCGCACCGCCGAGCCAGAAACUCCCUGCAACCCCCCAUUCUCCUGUCGACGACGAUUCUUAUCUAGUGCCCGGUGUUUCCACGGGUUCUUCUACGAUAUCUUUUGCGUCCUCAACCUCAUCAAGGGACCUAUACCCCAACAACCCUGCGAUACCCCAUGAGCGACCACGACGAAUAUCGGAUCGAAGUUUCUUCUUGACGGGCGGCCCAGAAGCCUCCCAGUCAGAACGCUCAAGUGCCGUUCAACCUCCCCUCUCCCCUCCCGCUCCUCUGAAAAAAGCAGUGUCACAUCAGAAUUUGCGAAAGAAGGGAAAUUCAUUCAGCACCGGGUCUCAAGCGCCGUCAGCGUUCCCAGCAGACACAGAGAACCAGCGGACUCCUCAAAAACCCCGUGCUUUUCCUCUGCCUCGAAUUCCAAUGCCUCCCAUGCCUGGGUCCAUCCGUCACUCGAGUUCAUCCCAAUCCGCGCCAGGCGAACCCAACCCAUCCAACUCAGAACCCAAGCGCACCAGCUCAAGCUCUGGUGGCAGGAAACGCCUCUUCUCUGGCUCAAGCUUACGGAGACCUUCAACCUCUUACUCAACUUAUGGCGACGACGAUAGUCAGUCUGUCUUCAGUAUGAAAUCCGAUCAAGACAUGUAUAUCAGCAACGCCUUUUUCAAGCCUUGGAUAACCACCCAGUCUACCAACUCUUUCUGGGACGAAGCCACUCCAGACGCUCUACCGAACAGCCCUAUGCGUGUUCUCGGGAACGAAUUUGGAUCCCAGCAAGCGUCACCCGCGUCGACCUUGGGCAAAUCUGACCUCAAUCCCGCAAGCUCCAGGCAACGCGGAACGUCCGUCCGUUCGGCGGAGACGCUUGCUUCGGAAAUGGCGGAAUCGGCGAGCGACCACGUACGCCGUUUCCAACGUUCCAACACCAUUACGCUCUCGCCUCGCAACAACAGACUCGACGCUGGCCAAAAGACGUCUGCACCGUCGAGACCAUCAACAGCACAACCUACCACCAGCACGAACGCGAGUACGACGGCGUCGGAUGCAGUUCCCGACCCUAUUGAACAGUCUUACCAACCUUCGGUUUCUCCACCACCUAUGAUUAAUAGCUUGCCGCCUCCACCUCGUCGUCAACGAACUCCGGUUGUCUUGCCACCAUCGGAGCCCGAACCUCCAGCCAAAUCCUUACCACCUCCACCACCCAUGCGGUUACCCCAACCACCCCGCAUAAAAUCGGUGACAUCUAUAGAGAAAGCCCUUCAUCGUCGCUCCAUCAUGAAGAAACCUUCAUUUUUGGAGAUCGACGACGACUCUUCAGAGGAGGAGGAAGAUGACCAAGUGGUGCCCCCUGUUCCAAUAUUAAACAGGACUGUUGUUGGAAGCGCCGUCGGAGACAGUUUCCUGGAUUUUGCCAGAGAGUCGUUCGAUACUGUUCGGAGUACAUGA